CUAUUUUAAUAUUUUACUGCAGUGGGCUAAAUCAGGGUCACACAGAGUGUUUCUUGUUAGUCUUAAUUGCUUUAAAGUUUGCGUUCAUCUGCCGGUUUUGGCAAAUUGCUCAAUCAUAAACAGAAACAUUCUAAACAAACUAGUGAAAAUCACCAGAAAACUCAAUGAACACUCCUCUUUGUCACUGUGCUGUUUCAUUGCAUAGGCAAGGGGUUAAUAAAGACACAUGAUGCAAUAUAAAGUGUAUCCAUGUCCUCAAUGAGGAUAGCUUCGUUAGAUUUCUCAUUUCUCUCUAACCUUUCACUCAUGCCAGUGGUUCCCAACCUUUUUCGGUUACUGUACCACCAACUGAAUUUUGCUCUGCUCGGGGUGUACCACUGAAGUAUGGUCUAAUGAGUCUUCUCAAGUACCCCCUGUGGAUGGGUCCUAGUACCCCUGGUUGGGAACCACUGCAAUAUGCCGCUGCUCUCCUCUCAUGUGAUGUCCUUUCUCAGCCUCCGUACUUUGUUUCUUUUCUCCUCGGACGUGAACAGGUCGCGUUUGAAAAGCUAGCGAGCUAAUUACCAGACUACUAAAUACAGGGAAAGGAAACUGUUUCAAUCGAGCUGGUGAGGUGACCUCACAAGAUCUUCUGCUGUUAUGAGACUCCAGUUAUAGAAGACGUGUGAAUAAACACAGCCCACUGGGCACACACUGGUUGAAUCAACGUUGUUUCCACAUCAUUUCAAUGAAAUUACUUUGAACCAACAUGGAAUAGACGUUGAAUUGACGUCUGUGCCCAGUGGGAGGAGAGACACCUCACACUUGUGACAGCUCCAUUCAAUAAGUAGUUGUUAUUAUUGCUAUUUUUACCAAGAAGCAUUCUAACUCAACAGACAAUAUGAGUCAAGAGAAGGGAAAGUUGAUGGAUGAAAUUGAAAAGAGUUUAUGGAAUUUAACUGAGGCCAAUUUACGCUACCUUUGUGAAUGUCAUGGUGAAGAUGCAUCCGAAGUUAAAGGAAUGGAUCACCGCUCAUUGCGGCGUAAAAUCAUGGAAGAAAUGUGGGACAAUACGGAUUCAAUGAAAUCGGAGGAGCAGGGAAUGUCUUGGUUAGUCCAACUGAAAGAGGACAUCAGGAGGAUACUAAAGGAUGCUAGCGGUGCACUAAUGAGUCCCAGCCAAGCCGAUGAUGAUGAUGAUCCUGUAGAUUGCGAUGAAAAAUGGAACGGAGAGGGAGGGGCUGGGUUACCUAGCAACGAGGUGGAGCCCGUGAGUCCCAGCCAGGCUGAUGAUGAUGACGCUGCAGACUGUGACGCGGAGGACACAGAUUGGUUGCCUAGCAAUGGGCUGGAGGCAGAGCCCGUGAGUCCCAACCAGUCCGAUGAUUAUGACGCUGCAGACGGCGUUGAAGAAUUGGACAGGGAGGUCAGGGAUUGGAUGGCUAGCGAUGGGCUGGAGGUGGAGUUAUCUCCAGAGAAGCACACACCAGAGCAGAAAGACAAGUGUCGCCCACCAAAGACCCCGUGUCGUGCCUCUCCUGGUAGCACCUUACUGCGAGGUCUGAAGAGGGUGUCUGUGCAGCUGAUGGACUGCAGGAAAACACCAGGGCAGAAAACCUGCAAGAAAACCCACUCCUGUGCUCAGUGUGGGAAGAGUUUUGCCACAAAAGACAUUCUGGAGCGACAUCUGCUAACUCACACUGGAGAAAAACAGAGAAAUAUAUGCGCUGAAUGUGGAAAAGUAUUCAGUACAUUUUCCAGCCUUACCAGGCAUCUGAAAACUCAUACUGGAGAGAAAUGUCAUAUUUCUGAAUGUCAUAUUUCUGAAACCACAUGCUCUGAAUGCAGAAAGACAUUCAGUACACAUUCCAGUCUUAAGAGACAUCUGCUAACUCACACUGGAGAGAAACCGUACGUUGCCCUCGUUGUAAGAAAGGUUUCAAUGAUCCAGGAAACUUAA